GUUGAACUGACCGACCCGGAAGGGUGGAUGCUCCCGGCUGGAGAGAAAGGAAAGCCCGGUGGCGGGAAGUUUUUACCCGAGCGCGGCUGACAGCGAAAGAAAUUUGGCUCUCCAAUUCAGUUUUAGAAUGGCAUCCAUUUCAGCUCUAAGUGAGGAAUUGGAUGCUAUAACCAAUGAGCUACAUGCAGUAGACAUUCAAAUUCAAGAACUUCUAGAAAGGCAACAGGAGUUGAUUCAGAAAAAAAACGUCCUAACAAAGAGAAUAAACCAGUGUUUAGAGAAUUCUGACUCCGGGGAAAGCAGUGCGUGUGAUUCUUCACCUGCUUCUUGGAAUAAAGAAGAUUUUCCGUGGUCUGGUAAAGUUAAAGAUGUUCUGCAAAAUGUCUUUAAACUGCAGAAGUUCAGGCCACUUCAGCUUGAAACGAUUAACGCAACCAUGUCUGGAAAGGAGGUAUUUCUUGUGAUGCCGACAGGAGGCGGGAAAAGUCUGUGCUACCAGUUACCAGCGUUAUGUUCAGAUGGUUUUACACUCGUGAUUUGCCCAUUGAUCUCCCUUAUGGAAGACCAGUUAAUGGUUUUGAAACAAUUAGGAAUUUCAGCUACCAUGUUAAAUGCUUCUAGUUCUAAGGAGCACGUGAAAUGGGUUCAUGCUGAAAUGGUAAAUAAAAGCUCCAAGCUGAAGCUAAUUUAUGUGACUCCAGAGAAAAUUGCAAAAAGCAAGAUGUUCAUGUCAAGACUAGAAAAAGCCUAUGAAGCGAGGAGAUUCUCCCGAAUUGCUGUAGACGAAGUUCAUUGCUGUAGUCAAUGGGGACAUGAUUUCAGACCAGAUUAUAAGGCACUUGGUAUCUUGAAGCGGCAGUUCCCUAACGCAUCGCUAAUUGGGCUGACCGCAACUGCGACAAGUCACGUUCUGAAGGAUGCUCAGAAGAUACUGUGUGUUGAAAAGUGUUUUACUUUUACAGCUUCUUUUAAUCGGCCCAAUCUCUAUUACGAGGUUCGGCAGAAGCCCUCAAACACUGAAGAUUUUACUGAGGAUAUUGUAAAGCUCAUUAAUGGAAGAUACAAGGGACAAUCAGGAAUCAUUUAUUGCUUUUCUCAGAAAGACUCUGAGCAGGUUACAGUCAGUUUACAGAAACUGGGGAUUCAUGCCGGUGCGUACCAUGCCAACAUGGAACCAGAGGAUAAGACCAACGUUCAUAGGAGAUGGUCAGCCAAUGAAAUUCAGGUGGUAGUGGCAACGGUUGCAUUUGGAAUGGGAAUUGAUAAGCCAGAUGUGAGGUUCGUCAUUCAUCAUUCAAUGAGUAAAUCUAUGGAAAAUUAUUACCAGGAGAGUGGACGUGCAGGUCGAGAUGACAUGAAAGCAGACUGUAUUUUGUACUAUGGUUUUGGAGAUAUAUUCAGGAUAAGUUCAAUGGUGGUGAUGGAAAACGUGGGACAACAGAAGCUUUAUGAGAUGGUGUCCUACUGCCAAAACAUAAGCAAAUGUCGCCGUGUUUUGAUAGCUCAACAUUUUGAUGAAGUGUGGAACCCAGAAGCGUGUAACAAAAUGUGUGAUAACUGCUGUAAAGACAUUUCAUUUGAAAGGAAGAACAUAACAGCAUAUUGCAGAGAUCUCAUCAAGAUCCUGAAGCAGGCGGAGGAGCUAAAUGAAAAGCUCACACCGCUGAAACUGAUCGAUGCUUGGAUGGGGAAGGGGGCAGCAAAAUUGAGAGCAGCCGGCGUUGUCCCUCCCGCACUGCCUCGUGAAGACCUGGAAAAGAUCAUCGCGCACGUCCUCAUACAGCAGUAUCUCAGAGAAGACUACAGCUUUACAGCUUAUGCUACCAUUUCAUAUUUGAAAAUAGGACCUAAAGCUAAUCUUCUGAACAACGAGGCGCAUGUUAUUACCAUGCAAGUGAAGAAGGCCACGCAGAACUGUUUUGGGAUUGAAUCACCUGAAAGCUGUCAUUCUGAAGGAGCUGAUAAAAAGAUGGAAGAAAAAGGUCCGAGUAACUUCCAAAAGAAGUCUACAAAUGUGUUUCAGCAACCUGACUGUAAGAAGACAGGGGCUAAGAAAAGAAAAAUUGAUGAUGCAUGAAUGUUUCUGAACUUUCCAAGAAAAUAGUUUAUGCAUGCAAGCACCAGUAUUUUUGUAGUUAAUCACAAGUUUAAGGCAAUUUCAUUAACAUUUUAUACCUAUGGAGCUAUAUUUUCAGAAUUUAUCUCUAAAGUAUUGAAGACUUGAGAAUUUGAGAUGUUAGGAAAUUUUGAGAUCAUGAAUUGUAUAAAUUUACAGUAUGAAACAAAGAAAACAUUUUUUAAUGUAAAACCCUUUAAGUGUUAAAUACUUAAGAGCUUAAGUUCAUAUAACCAUCUUAAGCUCUUUAUGCCUUGCUUUAACUAGUUGUAGUUUUUCUUUUGACAUAACUGUCUUUUGAAUACCGUUACUAUACUGAAUAGGCUUAUCACAGAAAGUGAGUAGUUUCAGGUUAUAGUAACAGCUGUUGAAUCCAAGUAGAAAAGGAGUCAAGUGUCAAUAGAAAUAAUAUUAGCAAGUAAGAUACUGCUACAGCUCCAUUUUAGGAAGAUAAAGCUGUAAGCUUCUUGAAAACACAGCCCUCGUUUGACACAAAGACUAGCUCUGGUAUACUAAUCAGAUCACACUGUGGACUAAGUAGAUACUGCCUAGUUCAGUUUGCUCCAAAGAUAAAUAGUAAAUGAAUGUGUCCAAAUUUAAAACACAGAAUACUUAAAGAAUGUUUACAUAAUAAGGGGUCAUUUUUGUAUUAGGAAAAAAAAGUAUCUGUAAAUAAAUUAUCUGAACUGAUUUUGACUUCA